CCUUAUCCAAUCCACCGAGGUCCGCGACGAGGCGUCAGAGGCCAUGGCCUGGGCCGUGCACUGCAGUCUGGCCCUGGCGGUCGGACUGAGUACCACAAAUCGAACACCAUGCUGGGGGUCGGCGUCGUCUGCUUGGCCCUGCUCCUCGGAGGGUGCGGCCUCGGCCACGCCAUAUCCGGCGGCACGGCGACCACCAUCCAGAAGCACCCGUUCCAGGUGGCCAUCGACUUCGUCUUCCCCCUCCUGGACGACGACGGCUCCGUGAUGGGCGAGAACAUCACCAUGGUGUGCUCCGGGGCGCUCAUCACCAACAAGACCGUCAUCACGGCGGCCGUCUGCGCCGGGACCUUUGACGGCAACGGCCUGGACGUGAAGACGCUGAGGGUGCGCGUCGGCUCCCAGCUCCGCGAGGGCGGCGGCGAGGCGUACGGGGUGGUGGACUACCAGCCGCACUGGUACUACCGGGAGUGGCUGCACGAGCGCAAUGUCAUGCUGCUGUACCUGGAGGAGGAGGUGACCCUCCGCGCCGAGGUGCGCCCCAUCACCCUCGCCACGCCCGCCACGGCCCCCAAGGCCGGCGAGAAGCUCAUCCUGUCGGGCUACGGGGACCUCACGAGGGACGAGGUGCUUGAGGACGGCCAGGUUCGCCAGCUGCGCGCCGUCGCCCUGCCCUUCGUGAACCAGGACCUCUGCGAGUCGUGGUACGGCUUCCACUACGGACACACCAACGGCUGCAUCGGCAGUGGACUUGUCAGCGUCUGCGGACAGGCGGAUGUGGGCUCUCCCGUCGUGAACUGGCGAGGCGAGCUGGUGGGCGUGGCCAUCAACAACGUCAACUACUGCAACGUCCCCGGCCACCCCGCCAUCUUCACCAACUUCGCCGAGCCCGAGCUCAACGCGUGGAUCGUGUCCAACACGUACGAGAAGCAGCCCUCGCCGCCACCGCCCACCAACGCACCGCUACCCACCGACGACUACUGCGAGGACUGCACCGAGGAACCCUGCGACCCCGAGUACGAGGAGUGCACCACUUUCAGCGGCGACGGCCCCACAGACUCGACGUUUUUGAAAAAUAAAGUUGAUGACUGCGCGGGCAUUCGGAAGAUUGUUAAUCCGAGGGAUUGCCUUUAUCCACGCUGGCUACGCCAUGGCUACGCUAGGCUACCAGGCCAGGCACGGCCGCGGCGGAGGCCCGCGGCUCACUGCGCGACGAACCACGCCGCCACCAUGCUGCAGAUCACCUGGCUGGUCCUCUUCCUCGCAGGAUGUCAAACCAGCUAUGCCAUCAUUGGGAGCUCACAGACGACCAUCCAGAAACACCCGUACACCGUCGCCAUCGACCGAGUGAUCCCGGAGUUUGACGAUGAGGACAUCAUCGACUAUGACAUCAGCAUGAUGUGCGCCGGGGCGCUGCUCAGCAACAAGACCGUCCUCGUGGCCGCCAGCUGCUUCAAUGACGCCGACGACAUCAAGGACCUGACGUACAUGAGGGUCCGCGUGGGCGCCCAGCUGCGCGAGGGUGGCGGCGAGGCGUUCGGCGUGUCCAGCUUCCUGGUGCACCCCUUGUGGCAGUACCCGGCCGAGGCCGACAACGACGUGAUGCUCUUGUACCUGUCGGACGAGGUGCCCUUCCGCGCCGAGGUGCAGCCCGUGGCCCUGACGCCGCCCAACGCGCCCGCCGCCGGCGAGAAGCUCAUCAUGACCGGCUACGGUGACCUGGCGUCGAACGAGGUGCUGGCCGACGGCGAGACGCGGCAGAUCCAGGUGGUCACCUUGCCCUUCGUGAACCAGGACCUGUGCGAGGACGCGUACUACUUCUACGAGGGCACCACCGUGUCCUGCGCGGGCGGAUUGCAGGCCGGGAUGUGCGGAUGGAGGGACAUCGGCGCCCCGCUGGUCAACUGGCGCGGCGAGUUGGUGGGCGUGGCCCUGCAGCGGGAUCGCCUGUGCGGCGUCCCCGGCCGCGCCACCACCUUCACCGACCUGGCCCUGCCCGCCAUCAACGAGUGGGUGCGCGCCAACGUGGACGUGGAACCGCCGCCGUCGACGGAUUCCACCGCAUUCGACCUGAAGGCAGUCAUCACCAGCAAGAGCAAGGCGAACGAGGCGGAGAGGCGUCGCUAGCGCUACCCCCUGCGAGCAGAACCCUCUCGGUGGCGAUACUCCGAGCGCGAGGGCGCUUCCGUCCCCCCCCCACCCCCUUGCCCGGGGAAGCGAGCCAGUGUAAACUGUUGUGGAAGGGAAAGCUCUAACGCUUUGGAAAGUAACAACGCGCCUGCUACAAUGUUGGUAAACGAUUUAUUGACAACUGCUGGUAAAUUGUUUAUCUCUAGUUAUAUACAAAACACAACGGAUUAAAAACAAAAUACAGAAUCUGCGCUCGUACAAAACGUGCGGUUGACUAGCAAAACGUGUUAGCAGACAUUAAAAAAUCAGGUCACACAUCCAUUCAAUCAUCUCAUUUAUACACAACAAGCUUUGGAGAAUGGAAAAGAAUGUUUCAGUAUCAUAUGAGUGCUAUUAAAUUAAAAUUUCAUUUCUUUUA